AUGGCCAGUAUGAAGAUGACUGAACUUCGGCUGUGUGUGGGUCUGAGAUGGUGGACUAGUGUUUCUUCGCCGCCUUAUGCGAGGAGGUUGAGGAUUAUUAUCGGCCGCUCGUCGUCAGAGUCGGGGACAGCUUCUCUUCACUUUGCCUCUUUGAUGUUCUCUACAGAACACGGCCUUCGAAAGCUACCGACCCUAGAGACAAGUUGUUCGCUAUACUUCCAAUGUUCUCUGGAAGACAAGAGGCCACUUCUGCUCAAACCCUCAGUUACGGUCAAACCACCGAAAGGGUAUAUACCGACACUAGCCUGCAUCUAUUGCAAUCGUACGGACUCAGGUUCUUGCAAGCAGCUCGACAUCCACAUGACCGCUAUCCCGGCUAUACGUCCUGGAUACCUGAUUGGAGUCAAACAAACAUUGCAAUGGAAGAGCAACAAUUCCAUGUAUUCUAUCAUCAUGUGA